AUGGCGCCGAGGGGGCUCGACCAUUUCAGAGACCUGUUUAACUAUGUUUCUGCUGGGCCCGAGUCCCUAGGAGCCCAGGCGCUGAGGGAAUGGCGGUCAAGUCUGACUGAAAUGCCCUAUGCUGGUUUAAUGGGAUAUCUGUCGCGUGACCUUUGGGCUGAUUACACGGCCAUAGCCACGAACUUAGGCGAUCUGUCCCACUAUCGUGACAACUUGUCGCCGUCUUGGUCUGUUAGGCCUCUAGCCCGACUUUUGUAUCCAGGACGAGACAAUCGAAAUUGCCUCGACUUGCCUUCAGCCCGAUUCGGCGCUAGUCUCCAAGCUAUUAGACACACCCUCUUUCGCCCCGAAGUCACGCUUGCUUGCAGCACUCGGGCGGUGGCAGGAGCUGGUCCCUCGGGAUCACCUAGGCUCCAUAUCAUCCAUGGACAACAGAAGAACUGGAAUGCUUCGGGAGUGGUCGCGGCAUUAUUCCUUUACAGACAAAGUGGAUGCGGAUAUUUUCAGGUGGUCUAA